ACUUGUCAUAAUCUUGUUUUUAUGUCCGGUGCCAAUGCUUACGCUGGUUUGAGACCCCUUUUCCAUGCUUUGAUGAAAUGGUUAUAUCUAGGAGGAGAAAAACUACACAAAGAUCUUAUUAACGAAAUUAGGGAAACUGUUAAGUCUGAAGGCGGCGUUGUGACUCUCGCAUCAAUUGAGAAAAUGAAGCUGACCAAAUCUGUGAUAUUCGAAAUUUUUAGGAUGGAACCAGCUGCCCCGCAUCAGUAUGCCAGAGCUAGAGAAGAUAUGGUAAUAAGCAGUCAUGAUGCUAGUUACCAAGUCAAGAAAGGUGAGGUUUUAUUUGGAUAUCAACCGCUGGCUAUGCGUGAUCCUAAGAUAUUUGAGAAUCCAAAUGAGUUUAUAGGGACAAGAUUUCUUGGCGAAGAAGGAGAAAAGCUGCUGAAAUAUGCUUAUUGGUCUAACGAACGUCAAACAGUUGAUCCAAUCGCCGAUAAUAAACAAUGCGCUGGGAAAGAUAUCGUACUAUUGUUAGCCAGACUUAUGGUGGUAGAGUUUUUCCUACGCUACGACACAUUCACAGCAGAGGUUGGAAAGAAUUAUACCGGAUCUACAGUCACUGUUAAGACAUUGAUUAAAGCAACUAGUAUCAAUUGAUUUGGUUCCACAAAAUUUAUACUUAAGAUUUUUUGUUGUAGAUGAGAUCCCAAAUAUGUUGAUCUAUAACAACAUAUGUUGGGUCUCUUGUGUCCGAUAUAUAGUCUCCGUUGUUGUUCUGCUGGGUGAUAAAGAAUGGCAUCAAAAUGUACGAAUUGGGUGUGGGACUUGCUCAUGUUUGCUUAGAUUCUCCUUGAACUUGUAUUGAAUAUUGAACUUUGUUAUUUUGUUUUAUCUUAUGUAUUGUUUCCAAAAUGACGACGUUUAUCAUGUUUGCUUAA